AUGGAUGACUUAAUUGCCGAAAUUAAAGAUUAUGAGGACACUGAUGACUUAUUAACCGCUAAACGAAUUGAAGAUACCAAAAGACUUGUUGAACAUAAGCGUGCUGUUGGCUUUGCUGAUACUGGGCAAAUUCUUGCUUCAAUACUUCCCAGUUAG